GGCGUCGCAUGCGCGCGCACAGUCGGCGGCCGCGCGCAGCACGCUUGGGGCCCGGAUGGCGGCGGCGGCGGCUGGAAAUGGGACACCCCGCGAGGAGGAGGGGCCCAGUGGGGAGGCAGCGGCCCCGCCGCCGCAGGCCCCGACAAGUGUGCCCGGAGCUCGUCUCUCGAGGUUGCCGUUAGCGCGAGUGAAGGCCUUGGUGAAGGCGGACCCCGACGUGACCCUCGCGGGACAGGAAGCCAUCUUCAUUCUGGCACGAGCAGCGGAAUUAUUUGUGGAGACCAUUGCAAAAGAUGCCUACUGCUGUGCUCAACAAGGAAAGAGGAAAACUCUUCAGAGGAGAGAUUUGGAUAAUGCAAUAGAAGCCGUGGAUGAAUUUGCUUUUCUGGAAGAGAGAGCUCGCAUGCUUGAGCGAGAGGGGCAGAGAGAGGGGGAAAGAGAGAGAAUCCCAGGAAUCCAGUACUGUCAGCUCAACGCGGGGUUCAUCAUGAGCUGAGCCGAAAUCAAGAGUUGGACUCUUAACCGACUGAGCCACCCAGGAACUUUGGAUUGAUUGCUGAGCUGGGCAGUUUUGUGAGCCUUUGGAUUGAUUGCUGAGCUGGGCAGUUUUGUGAGCCUUCACCUGCGUCCUUCGGACAGCCCCUCUCCUGCAGGCCUCAUCUUUGAAGAACGGAGUAUUUGGAAUAUUGUACUUAUAUGCUUUUCCUGUCCUACCUUCACCUAAGCCGAGAUAAGCAGAGAUCUCACAUGUUAGCUUUUCUCUACAAGGUCUUCCACCUACUGUGUCUUCCAUUUAGGCUUGGAUGCAGCCUAUGCUGUUUGAGGCAGAGAAAAAGAAAAUGAUUUGUGUAGGUUGCUUAAUGAAUGAUGAGGAACAUAAUAAAGGUUUCUGAUCAAUUUCAA